AUGAUUCGAGGACGGCGCAUUGGUAGCUGGAAAGCCCAUGUCAUCAUGUUUGGAUCUCUGCUGCUUGCGUUAGCAAUAUGCAUUGCUCACCAUGUUCUUUCAUCCUACCUUCAUGGGAAGGAUGUCGAGGCUUUCAAGGUACCCCAGGCUUGGGUCCGGGAUAUAGUCAAUGCCUUUGCCAAGGCCGUACAGGUCACUCUCGGGAUCUCAGUCGGAGUCGUUUUAACGCAGAGUAUAUGGUUCUACGUUCGAGGGAAUAACGUGACAUUGAGCGACCUCGACACCAUCUUCUCCCUGCCGUCCUUCUCGAGCGUACCCACGGCGCUGUUCAACCGGAAGGCGCUCCCCAUUCUUCUUCUAGCUGCAGUCAUAGAGGCACUCUCUCUCGUUGGGAUUUUUGCGCCCAACGCUCUAACGGUCGUACCUGCCGGCGUCCCAAUCAAUUCCACUGUCGUCGCCAACGUCCCCGAUGCCAAUCAGGUCGCGUUGCUCACAAGCUCGGACUUUGAACCCAUCGACUCCUCUGGCGUCCUCCGCUAUAUCAAGCCCUCUUCUACUAUGCAGUCGCUUGCGGCAGCAGUUCUGAAUGGCAGCACCGUACUCCCGUCACAGCCGCCCGUGCAAUGCGGUCGAGGGUGCAGCUACCAUGUUGAUUACUGGGGACCUGCAUUGAAGUGCACGGAGAUUCCACAAUCCUCGAUAGAGGUGUACAACACAAACUACACGACAUCGAACGGCGCGAACGCGACCGUAGACCCCAGCAUCCAUGUCUCCAACCCCACCCACUUCAUGGAGGGAUCCUACGUCUAUAAUGCCACCACCAGCUUCGACUACCAUGUCAAUCGCACCGGACAGUCUACGUCUUUCUUGCAGUCAUCGCCGUACGGAAAGCCGCUCACAAUCGACGUCAUCUACGCCUUGAACAGUUUUACCCUCCCAUUCACACCGAGCGACCCGAUCUACUACAACCUGACCGGGUACUCGUGUUCAUUUGUCAACGCGUCAUAUACCGCUUCCUACAACUACUCCUCCGAAGAGCAGACAACUGUCGCUCGCGUCACGGAAUACGGAUCGCCACUUGGGCCAUUUGCGGACCCAGGAGGAGUGAAUCAGUCAUUCGUCUACGGUUUAGGGAGGGGUUCACCGAUCCCAAGCGAUCAAUGGCGGCAGGAGCUGGAAGAGCUCACGUAUCCGUACUCUGUGUUGGCCCUCGCGGACGCUUUUUCACGGCAACUUUUCGGGACUCUUGCCUUUUCGAAGAACGCGACGGACGAUCCUGCAUCCGUCUACCCGAGCCUUGCGUUCGAUUCAGUAUUCACUACCCACUCUACCGAGAGUGGCAACCAGAGCUCUGGGAGCCUGAACACUCUUUCGCUCUCCCUUAUAUCGACGUCCUACGACAACCUUGGUCGUUUACUAGAAGACGCGUGUACAAAUCUGACGGCGUCUCUGAUCUCAACGUCAGCUGCCAAUACGGCUGUGAAGCUUGAUGACGUAAUCAGUCUUCUGUUGGGGACGUCGUACACGAGCGUCUCGGCGAUCGUGAUACCAGAUACCACUGUGUAUCAAUACCAGGCGUCUCGCCUAUGGAUCGUAUACGGCGUCGCUCUGGCCGUCGCUCUCCUGGCCGACACAUACGGAUUCUUCUGCAUGUUCAGGAAUGACGGUGCCAUGCAACGCCAGUUUUCUGCCAUCGCCGCUUCAGUCCGGGACCGUGAGUUAGACGGCCUGUUCAGCGAACCCGGAAAAGCCUUGCCGGCCCGAGCCAAGACAGUCAAACUACGGUACACCACAGGAGCGUCCGUUCUGGGCGAGAGGGCUGGCUUCAAAGUCACAGAGUCUGAGGGAGUGUAUGAAGACGGAGAUGGGAUGGAAAUGCAUGAGGCGGAGAGCGACAAGGAGAUGUGA